UUUAACAACUGUGGCAGGAAAUGUUAUAAAAUGGGGCAAAACUCACUUAACAAAUGUCUUGCUUGGCAACAUAAAUUUUGGACUCAAUUGUGGUUGUACGUUAAGAACUCUCUGUAUAGUAGAAGCUAAGUGAAAAGAUGGGUUGUGAUCAUUGGUCAUAGAAAAAUAAGCCAAAGUGUUUGAGCUCUAUUUUCCUCUGGUUUAUAACCAGAUUGAAACAAGGCAAAAUUAUUUGCCAGCUCAAUUAUGCCCAUUCUUUUUUCCAGGCCUCCAGUACAGAGGACAAAGGUACUAUCUUAUUAAUGAUUCAUUUUUCAGGAAUAAAAGAUGGAUUGACUGGAUAGCCAAGCAGUAAUGGUGUCAUCCGCACUCUGAAUCUCUUCAUAAUUGAAGUCGGCCUUCUCCUCUGCAUCAACAUUAAAGGAAAUUUCAAAUGGAUUCUCAGAGCCAGCCCUAGUUAACAAAUUGAUCAAUGAUUGAGAGGGUGCAAGGUGAGGGGAGGAGGAAGAUAUUGGUCAGAUUUUUUUUUUUAAGGACAUGAACUAGGAGGUGGUUCAAUAGCGAAUCACAGGACAAAAAUCACAGUUCAAUAUUACAUGGAAAAAAAAGCUGAAACCCUGUCAAAUCUAAGAGGAUUGUUAUUCAUCCAUGACAAAUGUAAGGUCCUAUCUCUGAUGGGAAAAAUGAAACACAUGGGCAGAGGACAGGGAAAGCCUGGCACAGCAGCACAGCUUGUGACAAGGAUCUAGGGCAGAGGUCCUCAAAUUUUUGGGCACCAGGGACCAGUACCAUGGAGAAAAGUUUUUCUGUGAACCGGAGAGUGCCCGGUACUGGUCCACAGAGCAGGGGUUGGGCACCCCUGAUCUAGGGGACCAAACAGACAACUGGCUGGACAUAAGCAAAUGCUGGGAUGCAACACCCAGACAAGCCAAUGGAGGUUUGGACUCCUAAAAAGGAAUCAAUGUGCCCAACGCAUAGAAGAAAACCAUUCCAUUAUAUCCUGCAAUGACAAGGCUGCACUUGAGGUUCUGGACACUGUUUUUUUUUAAAAGGAGGAGGGAGAAAUGGGAGAGAGUUCAGAGAAGACCUCCUGGACUGGGGAGGGGUCUGGAAAACAUUAACCCUGAGAAAUGAUUAAAGGAGCUAAGCUAUAAAUAUUGCAAGGCUUUCACAUAGAGUAUGAUCUUUUUUUAAUCAAAGCUAGGGCAGAGUUCUUUCCAGUUCACACACUAUAUAAUUAUAUGUCUCAUGAUCCGUUCAACCAUUAUUUGACCACAAAGGCAUUUUCUGAGUUCAGAAUCUGCAUCACUGACAGAGACCUUUUGAGCACAUCUUCUUGGUCUCCAGCAGGCAGGCAAGUUGGUUCAUAAACAAUUGAUGCAAUUCUGCCUCUUUGCUCUCUUCAGGUUUGCUCACCAGAAGACAUUUUUCUGGGACCUGCGGGGCACCUUCUACCUGGCCAGCCAUGCUGAUCCUGACCUGCUCUUCCAAGUUGCAGCUGCUGGAGAGUGUAUUACGAAAGGGCCUCCCUGAAACGCUGCUGGUCUGUGGGGCAGUGAUGCACAUCAACCGUGGAAACCCAGCUCAGCACGAAGUCGUGGUGGACUCUUGGCCAGAAUUUAAAGUUGUUCUUACCCGACCACAGAAGGAGGUGGUGAAGGACAACAGGGAUUAUUAUGCCAACCUCCAUGCUGCUUUCUAUCGGGAGGAAGAUGCCUGUAGGAGGCUCCUGGAAAACAAAGAUGCCGUAGAUUGGGACAAAGCCUUCCAGCUGCAAGGUCUUCAGGAUGGUCUUUAUCAUGCUGUGAAAGUCAUGGCAGAGGCUAGACGUGUCCACAUGGAGCCCUAUUUCUACCAGGCAACACUGCACCCAGACGCAGCCUCGUUUUGUCAGAACCAGCUCAGAAGUGAGCCCCUCCACCUGGGGACCCUCAGCCCAUCUCAUGCAGCCCUGCUCAAUGACACCUGGGCUUUUGCAAGCAACGAUUGGAGCCUGCGCUAUCUCAGAAGCCUGACCGAGAACUUCCCAAAUGCUUGUCUCUUAGAUGAGGAAAGCCAGCCAGUUGCCUGGUGCCUAAGUGAUGCCAUUGGGAGUAUGACACAUGCCUAUACCCUUCCCAAAUAUCGGGAAAAGGGUCAUAUGAAAACAGUAUUUCAGGCACUAGCCAGAAAGUUGCAUGCUAAGGACUUUGUCGCAUAUGGGGGAGUUCUGCCAGAGAACAAGGCCUCCAAGAAAUUUUUAUUUAGUCAGGGCUUUGAGCUCUUGCCUUUGAUAAAACACGUUCUUUUAUUCACUCCAAAUCACAUGAAAUAGCCUAGUGCAUUUUUCCUCCUUGAAUCAGUAGCACCACUGCUGGCUUCAUUAGACUAAGAGGUUGGGAGUAAAUUUGAACCUUAGAUUUAAGGGACUGCCUCUUUGUAUAUAUUCAAGAUUAAAUCUGAAAAGAAUCACAAGAACCAAGAACGGAUCUCAGUGAAUGUGCAUUCUAAAACAGAACUCUUGGAAACAGUGAUGGCGAACCUUUUGAGCUCAGUAUGUCAAACAUUUGGAAAGUGCCUAACUUGAUUCUGCUGGUGUGUCACCUUCCCACCAACAAAAGAGGAACAAUUCUGUAUUCCCUCCUCCAUCUAGGCCACCCUGAACGGCAGCACUCAAUGGCAGCCAAUGCUGGCUGGAAGUAGAGCCUGAACCUCAGCCUCAACCCUAUCACCAUUGCUGCCAGUGAAAAUGGUCACCUUGCACCAUUCCCCAAAGUAUUUCAAGCCUUAGAGAACGGUGUGCUUGCCCCAGUGACCCAGGACUUACCUGGGCC